ACAGACCAGCUUAUUGGUUGUUUUUACUCUAUCGAAGAUCUAAAAAACAGUACAUAAAAAGAUCUUCUUCUUCAUCAGUCAGUCAGAAUCGGGAUGGGUAACUGUCACACACUUUUCACCGGACAACCUGAUCCUAUUUCAACGGAAGAGCGUGUGAAAGUCUUCACGGUGGCGGAGCUGAAAAAAACAACUAAGGAUUUUAGUAAGGGGAUGGUAAAAGGAGAGCGCUUUGGCAGCCAUGUCAGGGGAUACAUCAACCCCAAGACAUUAUCCCCAGCCAAAGAAGGGGUUGGCAUGGCCGUAGCGGUUAAGAGAUUUUACAUGUUCAAGGAUCUUGAUCAAGAUUUGCAAGAUUGGCUUAUUGACCUAGAGUUUCUACGACGUAACUCUCAUCCGAGCUUGGUGAAGCUCAUUGGCUAUGGUUCGGAUCGUCGUACGUUGUUCAUUGUCGCUGAAUACUUUCCAAUCGGAAGCCUAGAAAAUCACAUCUAUAGAGAGACUCGUCCAAAGCCGUUGUCCUGGGAGACGCGACUUAACAUAUCCAUAGGAGUGGCUCAGUGUCUUGCUUUCUUGCACUCUUGGAAGAAAACCAGUCUUUCUCGCCGAUAUCUCACCGCUUCUAAAAUCCUGCUCGAUUUGGAGUUCAACGCAAGAGUUUCCUAUUACGGACUCAAAAACCUACCUUAUAUUGAAGAAGGGACACACGUCCCCUCGUUAGAUUACGCACCUCCCGAAUACAUUAUUAUCAGGCAACAAAUUUCCCCUUGCUCCUCCCCCAAAGUUUUCAAAUAACCACUGAAUUUUAAGACACUGAUGUUACGAGUUUGCAAUUACUAAAAUACAGGGAAGUUGGACAUGUCGGGCGAUGUGUUACAGCUUUGGUGCUAUACUGCUCCAGAUGUUAACUGGUUUAAAAAUGCGGCACAUAAUUCUAAAAAUACGAAAUGACAGUGAAAGCAUUGCUGAGAUGAUCGAUCCAGAUCUAGAGAAUAGCUAUCCUCUUCAAGAGGGGAUGCGUAUGUGCGAGAUUAUUAAACAAUGCCUUGAGGAAGACCCGAAGAAUCGACCAUCCAUGCAACAGGUGCUGGAUAGUUUGAAUGGGAUAGCUCGGACUUGAGUAAGAGUUGUAAAGGCUAAAAAAAUAUUUCCACUAGCUAUAAGACAAUUAUAAUAUAGUCGAAAUACGCAUAUGCAUAUAUACAUUUGUAUUAAACAAGUGCGAAUGGAGUUAGUAUAUGUCAAUAAGUAACUUUAUUUGUUUUCAAA